AUGACAAGGAUUCACCUGCCCCGAAAGCACAAAAAAGCCACAGCCGCCGCGGCUUAUCGCACGGCUGCCAGCGGAGACCUGGCCCGGCCACAGCCGCAGGGCCGGGGCCGGCGCAGAGCCGCGGCCAGGGCGGGCCCCGUUGGCGAGCGGGGGCGACGGCGACGGCGCCAUCUUGUGGGCGAGGGUGCGGGUUGGCGGGUAACAGCCGCCGCCCCUCAGACCUCGCCCCGCCGCCGGGGGUCCCGCUGCUGUGGUCGGGGAGGCUUUACUGCGCUGCGGGGGGGGAAACGUUACCGCUCCUGCACGAACAGCAGCGCAGUCGUUCCCGGUGGAACCCCGCUCGUCCCGGCUUGCCACGCAGGCGGGGGAACUGUCGAUGUGGAGCAGAAACCUCCAAUCCAGGUUGCACUGCUCAAGGAAGGAAUAUCCAUCCCCUGUGAAGUCAUCUUCCCUUACAUGCCGAAAUAUACCAAAUUUUCCAUCUUCUAUUUUUGGAUUAAUUCCCUGGGACAGACAACAUACAUCCAUAAUAGGUCGGAAAAUGUACCCAUCCCUUCUGGAAAAGAGAACAAAACUGUUACCCUAUCUUACAACCACAGAGUCGUGCCACUCGAAAACACCUCUUCUGGCACAUACUACUGCAUGGUCAAAUGGAAUGACUUCCAGAAAGUGGGAAAGGGAGUUUUUGUCCUUGCUAGAGGUACAGGGUACAUAGAUACCUCUUAUAAGUGGGAAGUCCUUAUUACCCUUACUGUUCUUCUUGCUGCAUUGAGCAUCACUGCAACAGCUUUGCUUCUGUGGAAAAGAAAGGUCUUGUGCCUUAGAAAGAACCAGCCAAGUAUCCUGAGACAGAAGGUGGAAACACAACCUCCUUCAGCCAGCCCACCAUCCCCACCUCUUCCUGUCUAUGAUUGCCUGGAUCUGCAGCAAGUUGAAGUCUAUUCCAUCCUUGAGAACAACACGAACCACACAUCACCCAGAAAAAGUCCUCUAGGGAAGACACCUAAGAAGCAAGCAGCUCUGGAAGAAUCCUCUGAUACACUCUAUGAGAAUAUCUAACAGGAAAAUCUGACCCCGUGAGGACUUUCUGUACUGCAGAACUAUUCUCUUACAUCCCCAGUUCUCUGCAAAGAUCCACAGCGACUUAAGGGCACAACCAGGAGGGACUUGUGAACCCCUGGCUCCUUCUGAACUGCCCUUCAUUAACAACAGAGUGCAUCUGUUCAGCUCCCACGGGGGCUCAGUCUGCACUGAGCAGCAAAGCUAUCUGGCAGAAAAGCCGUUCGAUGCAAAAGAAAAUCUGCUUUUGUCAAGCUCUCACACAUAUCUUAGAGAUGGUGCAGAUGGGAUCUGUUCUUUCACCUGGCCUGCCUGAAAUGCUUAAACCCCCAUCCUCUGUAAAUGAUAGGACAAUCCAGAGACCUUUCCGCAUGCUGGCUUCAUCUUCCAAUCCUGACCUGCAGCAGUCCAUCUGAUCCUGUGCCUUUGACUUUCCUAACAUGGCCAUCAGGUCUUCAUGCAUAGUUUAAUCAAGAUCCAAGCAUCCACCUGCCCAUUUUGCCUUUCUCAAGAACCCCGCAGUGAAACCUGCUUUCUCAUAAUCUGCUAAUCCCAUCAAGUAGUCAGAGAUGCCUGCUGUGGCCAUCCUCAGUCGACUCAAAUCAGUGCCUGAAAAAAAUUCUCUUCAGCACAUUUCACAUCAGCAGUGUAUAGUGAGGACUGGAUGCAUGGAGAGAGAUAAAGAUGGAGAAAAGGAAAACAGAGACAAUACCCCUGCCUGGCAACAUGCCUCAGUAGCAGCACCCUUUCCAGAACGAGGAGGUGGGAACCUCAGGAAACUCCCUUGCUAAGGCUGCAUAAGCCAUGUGAGUCUGGGGCCAGGUUCCUGCCCAGGGAAAACCAAGCUGAACUCCCCAGUUUCCUUUUCUUCUUGCUGAAGAUUCUGAGCCUCUGCCCCACCAAAACAAAUAGGUUUGCCUUUGUGUCAGUAUUCCUCAGCAAGGGUAUAAGACUCCUUUACCCACCAUAUAUAUAUUAUUUGGCCAAGUAGACAAGUUCUGAAAGCUCAGAAUGACUGGGGGGAGGAGAGAGAGGCCCUGGAGGUGAAUUUUCUGCCCAAGCUCUUCUCCCUUGUCAGCUGGAACUUGCCAACCAUUUGUGCUGAUGCAUAUUCUAGUGCUGAUAGGGAAGAGGUUACAUUAAAUAGCCAUAUAACACGAUCAAAACAGUGGAUCAAAAAGCUGAGGCUGUUUUAUCUUGGAUUAGAAAACAACAACAAAAUAAUAACAAAAUAAAACCAACCCAAAAUAAGAAUAUGCAGCAUAACUUGAGAGGAGUCACAGAAACCUCUUUAAAGAAGAAGAUCAAAUUAAAAUUGAGCUCCAGGGUCAUAGGACCCUCUCUAGUUGAAGAUAAUGUUGCUAUGCAUCAGAGAUAGAGGCUAUGGAAAAUGUCUCCAGGGCCUCCAGCCUUCCCAUACUAUGUUUAAAGAGAUAAUCCGCUUAUUGCUUUGCUCUUUUUAUUAGAAGAGAUUUCAAACAUGCAAUUUGGACUUUCUUUAACCACAGGAAAAAUGCUUUUUCUCUUCCCAGUGUUGAGGAAUUCAUUUCAGAAAGAGCAAGGAAUAAGCAGUAUGGCUUAUUAGACCUCUUUUAUUAAGUGAUCACAAUAAUUACAAAUAAACACUUUGGAAGUCAACAA